AUGUCUAACUUAAAUUAGAUUAUAAAGAAGUUUCUUCGGGAUCUUGAUCAAUUCGGAGUUGUAUUCAAACCCAGUAUAACAUAAGAUAGUGAGUAUAAAACAGUUUUAGGUGGAAUAUUAUCUAUUUUGCUUUAUGGAAUAAGUUUAGGAUAUUUCAUUUACUAAUUUGCUAUUUGGAAGGAGGGGGGGAUGUUACCCAAAAUCACAGUAUCAAGUGAAGUAAUAGAAAACCAAUAAAUCUAAUUUGAUGAACCUCUCUUUUCUAUUCGAAUGCGAAAGAUGAAUGACACAAACAUAGAUCCCUUCAAUCCUUAGAAUAUAGUAAUGCUUCCAUUGAUAUUCUAAUAUGUGAAUGGGCAAUUGAUUACUCCUCCUAGUCUUCCCUUAAUAAACAACACUGCUGAUGAUGAGUUCGUUACCAUAUUCUUUGACAACAUCACUCUGGCCAUAAGUAAAGAGAGGACGGUGGAAUCUCCAGAGUUGGAGUACAUGAUCAUAUUGAUUGACUGUGUUCCUCAAAUUUUGGCGAACAAUACAUAGUUGAAGUGUGCCAAUUCAACGACCAGAAAAAGCUUCUUCAAUUAAUCAGUUAAUACACUCUUAUUUACAACUUUCAUCAAAUAGUUUAAUGCUCAAUAAGAAAAGAUCAACACAUUCGGAUCCGAGGUUAUUGUGGCCUUGGAUCCCAGUUCGGUCUAUUUUUCAACGAGCACUUUGAAGAUGUAGGAGACUGUGAUCGACAAUGGAUUGCUAUUUGAGAACACGUAUUAGAGAGACUUUAUCUUAGAUAUCUCAACAGCGGGUUAGCAGGUGAAUAGUAAGUUCUUCGCAGACGUGAUAAACUCUACCACCUAUUUUAUCAACAACUACUAAUUGAAUGGAAUAAAGUCUAUCCAAUAUAUCCAAUAUCCAAAGGUCAAUGAGGUAUUGGCUGAUACAGGCUCAAUUGUGUCUAUUCUACUGUUGACCUCCGCAUUUGUCAUAAUGACCAACCAAUACUUUUUGGAGAGUGAGGCUAUAUCCCAGGUGAUCAAUAUGUUCUAUCCGAAUCUCAAAUAUUUAAAGUACAGAAAGAAUUGGUAUGGCAAGAUCACCAGGAUUUAGUUAUUGGACAGAAAUCUAAAUAUUGACAAAUUUAAUUCGCAUUAUGGGAAACUGAAAGAAGUGGCACAAGUGAAAUUGACAAUAACAAAUUAAAUCUACGAAAUCUCAAGGCUCCAAUUUAUAUUGCAGUCCAUCAUAAGCAGAUCCCAUUUUAUAUCUUCCCAUUAGAUUGGGAUCAAAGAAAACAACUUCAUAGAAAAUACCAAAGAGGACAAUGAAAUGGAUAAUCAAGAAGUGGAGAUGUUUAAGGAUUCCAGAGUGGUAUGGAUGUGAUAUUUGAUCUAGGCUCCCUCCAAUGACAGCAAAAUUGAGAUGACUUAGCAACAACAACAAUAGGGGUAAUAAAAUAUGCUCCAAGAUAAUUCCGAUAAUUCUAUGUUACCGAGUGUAAAUCAUAAGCCUGAGGUGUUUUAACAACUCAAAUCACAAUUUCAGAGUUCACUUGAUAAAUUCAAUUGUCCACAAGAGCUCAGUGAUCAAGAUUUCGAGUUGCUGAUUAGCAAGAAGCAGAGAACUGAAGCUUAAUUGAUGCCUUAGUUUUUUGAAAUCAAUAAAAUCACAUGA